AUGAUGUUCCACAGAUUAGCUGCUGUACCUGUGGUACUAUUAUGGCUCGGCGCAGUGCUUGCCGCAACGCCACAACCUAGCAGCAAGUGCCAAAGAAAAUGCGGCAGCAUAGACAUCCCUUACCCAUUCGGCAUCGUCCAUUCACCCGACGACGACGACGGCCACUGCACCAUGAACGGCUUCGGCCUGACCUGCAACGAGACCGGCAUUGAUGGUGGGCGCCACAGGCCAUUUUAUGGCGACGUGGAGGUCGUCGGCGUCUCGCUGCAGCAAGGUCAGGCUCGGAUGCUGAAUGAUAUCUCCUAUUAUUGCUACAACACCAUCACUCGGGAGAUGGACCGCGACGAGUGGUGGCUGAACUUUGUGGGCACACCCUUGAGGUUCUCUGACACCACCAACAAGUUCACGGUCAUCGGUUGCGAAACGCUGGCAUACAUCAACGGCGAUGACAGCAACCACGGCGAUGAUGGCGAUUACGGCGGCAAGUACAUGAGCGGGUGCGUGGCCAUGUGCCGGGGAGACGAUGUGAGGUCGACCCUGAGCAACGGCUCCUGCUCCGGGAUAGGGUGCUGCCAGACCGCCAUCCCCGGGGGGCUGCAGUACUACCACGUGGAGUUUGACUCUGCCUUUAACACGACGGAGAUCCACAACGUCAGCCGCUGCAGCUACGCGGUGCUCAUGGACUCGUCCAACUUCACCUUCUCGACCACCUAUGUGACCUGGCCGGUGUUCAUGAAUAACUACGGCAGCCAGGCGCCGUUCGUCAUGGAUUGGUCUAUCGGGAAUGAGACAUGCGACGUAGCCCGUAAGAAACCUGGGUCAUACGCGUGUGUCAGCGACAACAGCGAGUGCUUCAACUCGCUCAAUGGACCAGGCUACAUCUGCAACUGCUCCAAAGGCUUCCAUGGUAAUCCUUACCUGCAAGAUCCGGAGCACGGAUGCAAAGACAUUGAUGAAUGCAAGCUCCCCCAAUUGUAUCGCGGCACAAAUGGCGGGGUCUGCAGAAACAGGCUGGGAGGCUAUGACUGUCCAUGCAAAUUUAGAUGGAAAGCCGACGCCAAAGCGGGAACUUGCAUAGAUCAUUUCCCUCUAGCAGCUAAGGUGGUAGUCGGUACAAUUGUUGGCAUUCUUAUCAUGGUGAUUAUAACGUUUCUUGUUAUUCUUCACAAAGAGAAAAGGAAGAUGGCAGAAUUCUUCAAAAAGAAUGGCGGCCCUACAUUAGAGAAGGCAACAAGCAUUGAAAUUUACAAAUAUGAGGACCUCAAGUCAUUUCUAAAGAGAAACAACUUAAUUGCGAAUGGUUCCUUUGGUGAAGUUUACAAGGGCCUUCUUGAAAAUAAACUAGUUGCAAUAAAGAAGCCGAUUAAUGGUACCGUGCGAGAGAAUGAACAAUUUGCAAAUGAAGUCAUCAUCCAAUCUCAACUCAUCCACAAGAACAUUGUUAGGCUCAUUGGUUGUUGCCCUGAAGUUGAAGCCCCCCUCCUGGUCUAUGAGUUUAUCUCCCAAGGUAGCCUCCAUAACAUUCUUCACAACAACAAUAACAAGGUGGCUCUCAACUUGGAUGCACGUUUAAGAAUUGCUGCACAUUCAGCGGAUGGUCUAGCUUAUAUGCACUCACAAGCAAACACUAGAAUUCUACACGGUGAUGUCAAACCAGCAAAUAUACUCUUGGAUGAGAACUUUGCACCCAAAAUUUUAGACUUUGGCAUAUCUAGGUUGCUUGCAACGAACAAACAACACACUACGUCAAUUAUCGGCGACGUGAAUUACAUGGAUCCAGUAUAUCUACAAGAAGGCCUACUCACCGAAAAAAAUGAUGUCUACAGUUUCGGAGUAUUUACAUAUAAGCUAGACCAUCCACUGAAUGUAUUUAUUAACUCAUAA